UCUUCAAUAUUCUUCUCUCUUCUGACUCCUUCUGCUGCCGCUUCUUCUUCAGAUUUGGUUUUGCUCAAGCCUUGUUCUUCAGUUCUUGGGGAAAGGGGGGACAAAGCAUUGGGUCCUUAGAUCUCAAGCUUCAAGCCAUCAAGGCCAAAAUGGGUGAAGCAGGGUUCACCCCGCUCUCUCAUUUGAACCCGUCAAAGCAAAGGUGCAGAGUCCGGGUUCGCAUCUCGCGGCUGUGGGUGUCCUUCAACCCCAACAAUGGCACGGUGCUAGGACUCGACAGCCUUCUAAUCGACGACGAGGGUGGAGCUAUGCAAGCCCAUGUACAUCCAAUAGAUAAAAAGCGUCUCGAAGCGCGGCUAGUCGAGGGAAAGGUCUACGCACUGUCAGGUUUUGUAGUUGGUGUAAGCCAGGGAAACUACAUGACCUGUAGGAAUCGCUUCAUGAUGUAUAUUGGGUCACAGACUGUGGUCGACGACAUAGAUGGAGUUGUCGACUCGAUUCCUCUCCACCACUUUGAUUUUGUUAAUUUCGGCGAUGUUUCUUCUAGGAACUGUGACAAUAGCUUAUUGACAGAUGUGAUUGGUCAAGUAGUAGAAGUACGGCCCAUACUGGAGGUUCUGAAAAAAUUCCGCAUGAUACAAAUUUGCACCUUACGAAUUGAGGAUUUUAGUGGAAAAGAACAGGAAGUCACACUAUAUGGAAAUCUCGCUAAUGAUUUUUAUGCGGAGAUUCGCGAGAAAUGCCGACAAGGUCCGGUCGUCGCUGUGUUUUCCGGGAUGUGUGUUCGCUACUACAAUGGAAAAGGAUGCACGGUUUGCUCUUCAUCACCAUCAAAGUACUACCUGGAUUUGGAAAUACCAGAGACACAAGAGUUCCGCGCGAAUUUGCACCAUCCAAAAAUCCCCAUAGUGCACCCACAGUCUCAGCAAGAAAGCCCAGCAGCCCCAACCCAGGAGUCGCAGAGUAUCUCGAAGCUAUCUCAGGAGUUACGAAGCAGCUGGAGAACAAUCAAACAGCUACAAAGCCUUGACCCAUUCGAGUCACCGAAGAAUACAAGAUUUUUGUGCAGAGCCUCCAUUAUAAAGAUAGACUGUGCCAAAGGUUGGUCCUAUCAUGGAUGCUUCCACUGCAGACGGUCCAUCAGCGGGGAUGGAAACGAAUUCUGGUGCAACCGAUGUGAUUCAGUUAACAAGAAGAGGAAGAGGCCAGUUUGGUGGUACAAGUUGGAUGCAGUCGUGGAAGAUGCAACUGGCACAAUGAACCUCAUGAUCUUUGCCGAGGAGGCACAGGAACUGAUUGGUGUCGCAGCAGAGGACCUCGUCGAUGAGAUCACCGAUGGGAACAGGCACACCGUUCCACAUGCGAUCUCGAAUCUUAUUGGAUCAACCCAUGCCUUUCAAGUUUCCAUCGACGACCGGAGCUUGGGCUUCGUCGUGAAGUGGGUCCUGAAUGACGAUGAUUUGAUGCUGCUGAAGCACAGUGGCUCAAGUCAGAUGACAGUAGGAGGUGGCAGUCCUUUGCCGGAGGAAGAUAGCUCUUCUUCUGCCUCUAGCUGCAGCUCACAGCUUACGGAAGUAGGACAUGCUUGACACUUUUCAACGCGUGUACACUGAUGAGCGAUAAGAUAUGCUGUUUUUUUUUUGACCCUGAUGUGCUGUAUUUUUUUUUUACUGGAGAUCUACUGAAAACUGUUCAUGUAGCAAGAACAAGAUGUGCUACAUGUGUGGUUUUCAGGUCAAGUGCCUAUUCUUUUGCUCUGCCUAGGUUCUGAACCUAUGUAAAUGUGUAUGCCACGGACCGAUGAAGAUUUCAACACUUGGUUUGCUUGGGAA